CGCGAUGAUGGACUUUACCGGAGUUUGUCUGGAAAUGUCAUGAUUUAAAACUUCCCGGAGAACAUCUGGUGUGCGCCGCUUUGAUGAAAUAUACACAACAAGAAUAUUUGAAAGGCUUUUGAAGAGAAAGCAAACACCGAGGAGCGUCCGUGUGGAGUUACAACUUUAAUAGAAAGACACAUAAGGAUAGAAAAAACAGAACAUCAUCACAGCGGGCAGGUGGAGCAGGGAAUCUACAAACUGAGUAUGGGCCCUGAGGAUCUGCCUGACCUUAUGGACACGAUGUCGAGCUCUCCUCCUCCCUCUCCUCGUCCUUCAUGUUUGUCAUUCUCCCCUUCUCACUGCUCUCCACCGAUGUCUAUCGACCCUGCUCAUGUGACCCUGCGCUCCCCUGUUACUCGUCACCUGACUCAAAUCGACCCCUGGAGGAGACACAGCUGGGAGCCUGGAGCCGUGGCACAGGGGUAUCCACCCAAUGACACACGCAGUGUGAGUCUGGAGGAUCUGGAUCCGGAUGAGAUGUCCUUAGUGCUGAACGGUGCAUUGAGGUCCAAAAGAGCCCGUGAAGUGCGCAGGUCUGUUACUCAAGCCUCCUUGACGUCACUCACGGAGGAGGAAGUUGGAGCGGAGCAUCAGGAUCAUCAUCGAUCUGCUCUGGAGGAGCAGUCCAAUCAGAUGCAUGGAUGCAGUGCCUCCGCCCCCACUCUGUGUAUGAUGCAACAGAUGCCCAGAAGCUCCGCCCCUCGCCCACGCUCCUACUGCCAUGAGAGUAAUUUGCACCACCAGAUCGGAGGAUCAUCCAACAGUUUAGACAGUGAGUGUGCAGCUCUGAGUUCGGAUACAGAUAGAAGACAAGUAACAGCAAAGAGACACGAAAACAAAGAGGAUCUUUCAGGAAAUCGUCUGGAGCGAACACUGAGCUUCCUGCGCAAGAUGACUGCUAACCGCAAGAAUAAGGAGAAGGAGCGCAUGAGGGAGCGGGAGAGAGAAGCGAGAGAGCGAGAGGCACGUUACAGUAAUGGCCACCUCUUCAACUGUCUCACCGUGUCUGGAACCACUCUCUGCUCAGCCUGCAAUAAGAGCAUCACUGCUAAGGAGGCCCUCAGCUGCCCCACCUGUAACGUCACCAUACAUAACCGCUGCAGGGAUACACUACCAAACUGUGUCAAAAUGAAACAAAAGCAACAAAAAAUGGCACUGAUGAGAAAUAAUUCAGCCUAUCAGAAUGUGACGCUGAGGAAUAAAGCCCAUUUAAAGGAAAGGCCGAGUUCUGCCAUCUACCCUUCAGACAGUCUUCGCCAGUCACUACUCGGGUCUCGUCGCGGACGCUCUUCUCUUUUACUUUCAAAGAGCGUCUCCACCAAUAACAUUGCAGGGACUCUGAAUGAUGACUCUCCUCUGGGGCUGCGCAGGAUUUUAUCUCAAUCCACAGACUCGCUCAACUUCAGGAGCAGAACCAUGUCUAUGGAGUCGCUCAAUGAUGAGGGAGAGUGCUACGUCACUUCUCUGCUGGAAGAUCUGGAUUGUGAAGGGCCAGAAUUUGAAGCAGAUUCCUGGAGCAUGGCAGUGGAUUCAGGCUACUUGCAGACCCACCGUAAAGAUGUUAUCAAAAGACAGGACGUCAUCUACGAGCUGAUCCAGACUGAGCUCCAUCACGUCCGGACGCUACGGAUCAUGGACUGUGUGUUCAGACGGGGGAUGCUGGAGGAGGUGCAGCUGGAGCCGGGGGUCGUUCAUGCACUCUUCCCUUGCCUGGAGCGUCUGCUGAGCAUACACACACACUUCCUCACACAGCUCCUCGCACGGCGCGCUCACAGUCUGCAGCCCGGCAGCACAAACAAUUUCACCAUCACUCAGAUCAGCGACGUGCUAAUAAAGCAGUUCUCAGGUCAGUUUGCAGAUGAUAUGCUGAAGGCCUAUUCUGAGUUCUGCAGUCGCCAUAUGAAGGCUGUCAAACUCUACAAAGAGCUGCUGGCCAGAGACAAGAGACUUCAGCUCUUUAUACGGAGGGUGAGUCGGGGGCCCUUACUGCGCCGUCAUGGCUUUCAGGAGUGUAUACUACUGGUCACUCAGCGCAUCACAAAAUACCCUGUCCUGCUGCAGCGAAUCCAUGACAACACCAAAGACAAUCUGGAGGAAGCUGCAGGCCUGUCUCAGGCUCUGGCUUGUCUCCGGGAGCUGCUGUGUUCGGUGGAUCAGCAGGUUUUGGAGCUGGAGAGGACGCAGCGGCUGCAGGAAAUCCGCUCUCGAGUGGAUCCGCGUGCAGAGGCCAAACUUCGCUCGGGAGCUCUGUUUCGACCGGCUGAACUGCUCCGCAGGCAGCUCAUACAUGAAGGCACUCUGCUCUGGAAAACACCCAGCUCUCGACUCAAAGAUGUUCAAGUUCUGUUGAUGACUGAUAUUCUAGUAUUCUUGCAAGAGAAAGAUCAGCGGUUCAUCUUUGCCAGUUUGGAUAAGUCUGCUGUGGUGUCACUGCAGAGUCUCUUGGUUCGAGAUAUAGCCAAUCAGGAGCGAGGACUGUUUCUAAUCAGCAGUGAGUCCAGCCCACCUGAGAUGUACGAGCUCUACGCGGCGAGCAAAGACGACAGAAACACCUGGCUUCGCCUCAUACAGCAGACCAUCAGCAGCUGUCCGUCAAGAGAAGAAUUCCCUCUUAUAGAAACAGAAGACAAGGCUCUUCUGCGAAGACUCAAAGCUGAUAUCCAGCAGAAGGACAGUGAGGUGCUGGAGCUGCUGCAGGAGCGGGUCACUCUAUUCUCAGACCUGGCGGAGGUCAUGGGGGGCUAUGAGGUCAUGCUGCCAGCCUGCUCCAGAAACCUGUUCAGAGCCGAGUCUCCUCAGGCUCCGCGAGGAGAACAGCUGCUCACACAUGCCAUAACAGAGGUGGACAGAUUGACUGAGCUGUUAUUAGGAUCCGGUUUAGAGGUUCCUCUGCCCUGCAAUUCCAACGGCCAUCACAACCCCCCCGGAUCGCUAGUAAUCAAUGGACAAGAAGUAUUGGUUAAUGGAUCUCAGGAGAACCAAGCUGCUCAGGACGGGAAUGGGAAUCAAAUGGAGGACAAGACGCCAAGUGAGGAGGUGUCUCAGAGGCUGGUGAAUCUCAGUGCUCAGUUACACGCACUUCAGGGUGUGGUGAUACGACAGGACACCAUCUUAGAGCUCUGUCUACGAGAGAGCCCCGUCUCCCAGGCCCCCUCAGGGGUUCGUACUGUACGCUCUCUGUCCCGGGAUGGAGCCAGUGACAUGGGCUCAGUAGGUGAACUGGCCCUGCUUCAGCGGCAGCACAGCCUCCUGCAGGAGGAGCUGGUGCGCCUCAGAGGAGCCGACGGCAAACUCAGGGACAGCGAGAGAGCCAGAGCUCAUCUGGAGAAACAGCUCAGGGACAUGAAGACCAAUAGCGCCGCUCUAGGGGAUCGAGCUGGUACUGCAGGCUCACAGGCUCCGUCAAAUCGCAGAGAAAGCGAUACCGACCCCAACACUGACACGCCACUGGCCAGCCAGGAAUCCAUGGACCAAUCGGAUGGCCUGCAGGAGUGCAGUGAUGUGGAAGUGGAUGUAAUUUCUGAUGAUGAUGAUGAUGAUGACGAAGUGGAUUCAAGGGUUUCUCCCCGUUCAGAAAGUCCCAGAGAUCUGCAGGACAUUCCUGAAGAGAGUGAAACGGCUACAGACCCCCGAGACCGUGACGCCUCACACUGCUAAUAUUUUCAUUUUAUUUAAUAAUUUUUGUUGUUGUUUUUAUCAACCCAAGACUGGCCUGGAACAGACUAUAUAGACUCAUGAGCAGGUCUUCCUCCCGAACAGGGAAGAGUCUUAUUAUUUUAUGAAUAUUCAUUUCAUUAUACAGUAUUUAGUCAUAUCCAGUCAUUUUGCUUAGAGCUUCUGUGUGGCCAUUUAAGACCUUCAUCUCCUUGGAAUCCAGUCAUCCUCCAGUAUGGAUUAAUGCGAAUGUGCCAAAGCAUGGAGACGGAGUCAAGCAAAUAAUGGGACUUGAUAGCAGCAUGAAGCGGUUGUCUUAAAAUGACCUAAAUCAACCAAAAAUACGGCAUCCAGCUCAAAGGUACCGGCAGAAAUUAUUCCCAUUUUAUUUGUACUGUAUGUUAGAUACUCAGUAGGGUUUAGUGUACCGAUUUGACACAUGCUGGAGCACGCAAGAGCAGAAUAGAGCUUUUUUGUCAUUGUUAUUGUGUUAUUUUAAAAGUGAAAUGUUUGUGAGAGGUCAUUUUAAAAAGUCUUUUUAAUUUAUUUAUUUUCCUUUAUUUUGACAUUCAGGCAUGUUAGAGUUAGAAAGAAGCCAUAAUUACAGAAUAUACCAACGUUUGGGACCAAAACUACUGGCUCUUUAACUACUAUAUGACUAUUUUUGAAGGAUUUAUAUUGCACCUCAUAGCAAUAUAUAGAAAUAUAUUUACAUCCAGAGCAAAUAACUUAAUAAACCCAGGAAGGUUAUUAUGAUAAUGAGUAUUAUAAUAAUAUUCUGAAUGGUUCCUCAGCCCACAGUGUGUGUGUGUGUUAACGUGGACCUAUUAUUAUUAUUUUGUAAAUAUAGGAUUUAUUGACUGAAAUAAAUCACGUCACCAAAAUCUGCCAGUAACGCCAAACGACAUUGGACGUGUCUUACUACACUUUUGCUUGUUUUUGACUUUCUUUAAGAAUGUUUUACUUGACUUUGUGCCAAACUCUGCUUGGCUGAAUAUCGCUGAGAUAUAAAUAUUAUGCUUUCAUUUUCGUUAGUUCAACAUUUCAGGAAGCUUAUAGGAGUUAUUUGUAGGAUGAGAUUCUACACAUUUUGAAGUAACUACAAGGUAACGCAGGAUUUACCGAAGUCGCGAGAAAUGUUUAUAUGGAAAAGGACUGAAACACUGGGGAAAUGUUCAUGCUGUGUUUCAGAUAUAUUGCAGUGGAUAUAGAAUACUGUGGAAGAAUUAAAUCUGCUGAUAUACAACA